AUGGCGGCCGAUAUAGCCGCGCGUUCGUCCCUUCCGCCGCACCACAUGCGACACGAGCUGUCCGCGCCGCGCUCCCUCGAAUCGCCUCCCAGGAACCGAGGAUCCUACGCCAACCAAUCCGAAACAUCCUCCUACAACAAUCCCCGCCAACCUCCCGAGUUGUCUCGGCUCCAGAUGCAGGAGCUGCCGUCCGCAACCGCCGCCGCAACACACGCCGCCUCUACCGGACCCUUAACUUCCGCAAGUGCCGGCGCCGCGGCCGCAAUACGCUGGAUUCGCGGACCUAGUCUGGGCGGCGACCCGACCGCCGGGAAAGUGAAUCUCGCGUUAAAUUCCGACACGGGCGAGGUUUUAGUAGUCAAGUCCGUGUCGAUUAAUAGCCUUCCAAAGACCAUGCGGCAGCUGGAGAACGAGCAGGCGAUUCUGGAGGAGCUCCGAACCUGUCCGCGCGUGGUUCGGCUGCUAGGCUCGGCAUGGGAAUCCGACCCUGCGUCCGGAGCUCGGGUGAAGAAUUUAUUUCUCGAGUAUGUUUCUGCUGGGAGUGUGCUUGACAUCAUGGGCACGUUCGGAUGCUGCGGCGGCGACAGCGGCGGCGGAGGCGGAGGCGGGGGAUGCGGAGGGCUGCCGGAGGCGCUGGUGCGGAAAUACGCGCGCGGGAUUGCGGAAGGGUUGGCGGUGCUGCACGCGCGCGGGAUCGUGCACUGCGACGUGAAAGCGGCGAAUGUGCUUGUUGCGGGGGCGGAGGGGGAGACGAAGCUGUGCGGGCUGGGCGUGGCGAUGCGCGCGGGGGAAGCGGCGCUGCGCAUAGCGCGCAAGCAGCGGCUGCAGGGAACGUACGGCUGGAUGGCGCCGGAGGUCGUGCGACAGGAAGAUCAAGGGUUCGCGUCGGACGUCUGGUCGCUCGGGUGUACAGUGAUUGAAAUGGCGACGGGUUUGCCGCCUUGGACCGGCCAACUGCCGCCGGCCGGUAAUAUAGACGGCGAGUACAUAGCCGAUCCGUCUCCUGACGCGCUGCUGCACGCGAUUGGUUACUCCAACGCGGCGCCGGCUAUUCCGGCGCAUCUGUCGGCGGAAGCUGUCGGGUUCCUGCGGAGAUGCCUCGAGAGGGAUCCCGCGCGCCGCCCCUCCGCCGCGCAACUGCUGGAACACCCGUUCCUCCGCGCAAGCGCGCUCGGCUCCGCGGGUGCGGUCCCCCCCGCGUACCCCAUGUCGCAGCAAGCUGCGCGUCCGCCCAGUGGGGGCCGCGGGAGCGGGGCGCGGCGGAAUGAGGAUAGCGCGGGACCGAGAGCAGGCGCAGGGGAAAGCUGGGCGCGUCAUGGCGCGGGGGGAGGCGCAACGAGCGCGGAAGAUUUCUACAGUGAGGGGCGUGAGAGAGGAGAGUGGGAGUGGGCGGAGGAGGAGGAAGGGGCGCCGGAGGAGGAGAUGGAGGGGUAUGGGUGGGAGGAUAUUGGGGUGAGCUUCGGUCCUAGUGGAGCCCAAGGGAUUCCCGCGUCUGGCCCUGUGAACCCUUCCUCGGGCUCUGGUCUUGAUCCAACGGUCAGACGCAGAGUUGCUCCGGGUUCGAAUGGAAUUUCAGGUGGAAACUCAGGUGGAAAUUCGCCUGGUAGGCUUGUGUCCCAGGGUAGCCUGCCACCAGGUGGUAACCAGUUACCACCACUUCGCAAGUCGCCACUGCAGAGGUCGCAGUCCCAGCCAGGGCAGGUGAUCCUGGCGAACACAGGCAGCGGUGGUAACAACAGCGGCGGUAACAACAGCAUCUCCAACAACUCGCCCUCGCCUUCGCGACCCGCCUCUCAAAAACCCAUGCCGCAAGUACCAUCCCCAUACGCACCUCCUCCCAUGCCUUCUGCCCCGGCCAAUCAGCCCAUGCCAGCUGUAAACCUGCCGCCCGCCCCCGUGCCAUUGUUCCACCCAUCAGGCAUCCGCAUGGGUCCCCUCAUGCGACAGAUUUCCAAGGAGCAGAUCGCCCUGCGUGCUGCCAUGGCUUCUGCGGCGGAAACCGGUGGUGGUCUUGGUGGUAACCAGGAGAGGGGUGGUAACCAGGAACGGGGCGGUAACAGCUAUGGCCAGGGGCAUGCUGCCUCCUCCCCAACGCCUGUGCCCCCCUUGCCUGGGAGGGUGGGCUUGGGUCGGGCGUCGCACCAGCGCUCCAGCUCUGUUCAAGGUGACUUUGGCGGACGUGACUCUAAUGUGAAUGUGCCUUGUGCGGAUAAACCGUCUGUACGAUUGGUCAGAGGCUCCUCUGGAGUGCUACCAGGAGCGUCCACAGCUCAGAUUAGUGAGUUUCAGCAGGAUAGUACCAAUAGUGGUAUUAGUGGUGAAUUUGGAGUUGUAGAUAGUGUAAGAGGCGGAAGCAGCAUGGGUGGUGGUGGUCCAGGGCUCAAAUCCUGCCUGAGACGAACGAGCUCGUGUGUGCCAGGGGACAGUGGCGGGAAUGAUGUGGGGGGGAGUAUGGGGAGAGGCGCGGGCGGGAGGGGAGUGGAGAGUGGCUUGCAGCGGAUGGGUUCUCUGACGCAGCCCAAGAAGACGGUGGCAUUUGGGGCAAAUUGA